AUGGAAGAAGUUCACGACAGAAAUGGCGCAGUCGGGAACACCGAUGGCCGGGGCAACGAGCAGGAACCGAAGCCCAGCUUUGCCAGCCCAAUCGAAAAUGUUACAGUUCCUAUCGGUAGAGAAGCGACGCUGAGCUGCGCUGUACAAAAUUUAGGUGCCUAUAAGGUUGGAUGGAUGCGUGCUUCCGAUCAGACGGUGUUGGCCCUGCAGGGCCGGGUUGUGACCCACAACAGUCGCUAUGGGGUAACGCAGGAGGAACCGAACGUGUGGCGACUGAAAAUCCGCAACGUCCGGGAAUCGGACCGGGGCUGCUACAUGUGCCAGAUCAACGCCUCGCCCCUUCAGAAACAGAUCGGCUGCGUCGAUGUGCAGUUGCCACCGGACAUUUCCGACGAACAGUCCUCGACGGACACGACGAUCCGGGAGGGGGGCAACGUGACCUUCUUCUGCAAAGCCACCGGACAUCCGACGCCCAAAGUUACCUGGAGGCGGGACAACGGAAGCCCCCUCUACUUCAGACGUAACGGAACGGAAGUGCGAAGAGUUGAUACCUAUGUCGGGAACUAUCUGAACCUGACGAACGUAGAUAGGAGACAAAUGGGUGCGUACCUGUGCAUCGCCUCGAACGAAGUCCCGCCGGCCGUCAGCAAACGCGUCUACCUGAAUGUACACUUUGCCCCAAACGUAACGACGGAGCGUACCCUCUUCGGCGCCUACGAGGAAUCGGAUGUGGAGCUAGAAUGCGCCAUCGAGUCCUUUCCCAGAUCGGUUAACUACUGGACCAAAGUAUCUGCAUCGAUUUCUACCGGAAAUGGAGCCAGCAAUAGCCCCGGAGGUUCUGAAUCCCUGGGGUUCUCCAGAAGCUUCAGCAGCCUCGGAAGCACAGGUGUGGGUUCAAAUAACGCAGGAGCAGGAGCUGGAGCUGGAACUCACCAGCGCCAAGAAGUGAUGCUCAACAGUGACCGGUACGAGAUCCGGGAGCAGUACACCAGCCCUUACUCGGGCCGGAUGACGCUCCGGAUUCGGCGCUUCGACGCCAACGACGCCGGCAGUUUCAUGUGCAUAUCAUCGAACGCCUUCGGCAAGGCGAAUCGAACCAUUAGGGUUUAUGAAAUCAAAAGGCCAACUACGACCACGACCACGACAACGACGACAACCACGACGACAACAACAACAACGACCACAACGACACCGGAACCGCCAACAACGAUCCCGGAACGGCGGACAACGUCCAUGUUGCAUCGAUUCCUGGAGGCAACACCGGCUCAUCCGCCGACGGACUUUAUCUUCGAGUACAUCACCAAUCCGCCGAGCUACGUCGAGUAUGGGGCAAAUGGGGAGGCGUACUACAACUAUCCCCAGCUGACGGCCUUCAGCAAAUCGUCCCCCUCGAAUCACCAGCAAGGUUCGGGGCAUGGGGGCAAUGGUGGCCAUCAUCAUCACCAUCAUCCGGACGGGGCAGCAGAUGGGGCCUCCGGGUGCCACUCGUGGCUGCUUGGCUCUUCCCGCGAGGACCGGCUGAUGACGAUCCUGGUCAUGACGGCCCUGUCGGCGGUUUCGUUUUUUCGCCUCUUCCAGAUCUACUAUCUGCCAUGGUUGACGGUUUUUCUGCUGCUCCUGCUGAUCGGCCGGAAGCCAAAGGAAAAGACCACGCUGGACCUACUAGGGCCAGAUCCGGUGCCCCACCGGUGGACCAUGCGAGUGUAGUCCUGAGGGGCGAAUGUUGAGUUUGUUUUCUAUCUCUAUUACGUUUCUACAUAGUGUAAGUUUGUAGGAUUAUUAUAUCAAUGAGGCUAGAGAAGGCAAACAGCAAACGAUGACGAUAUUGUAGCUCAUCUUAGAUAUUAUCUUCGUUUACAGAAUGAGACGAAGAAUGGACGGGGGGGACAGAAGAAGAAAGAAGGAGAACAAACAAAAAUGUAGCAGUGUUAGCAAAAUUGUACAUAGCAAAUAUUUUUACGAUGUCAAGUGAGAUCGUAAAACCAACCACUGAAGAAAGUCAAACACACAUACGAGAAGUUUAUCUCAUCGUAGGACAAUUCACCGGGGGGAAAACGCCCCAGUGUAAAACAAAUCAAAGUUAUUAAUGCAAAACAUACAAAACAAACAAACCAAGAAAAAAAAACUUUCAAAAAACAAACGAAAACAUCAAAUAACAAAAUGUGGGAUGGAUGUUACUAAGAAAAAAAAACAUCAACAACAAAAAAGCAAA